AUGCAGUGGGUGAAGGUGCUUGGGGGGGUGGUGGGAGCCGCUGCCCUCUUGGGGCUGGGGAUCAUCCUGGGCCACUUUGCCAUCCCUAAAGGGGCCAAUGUCCCAGCCCCCAGCGUCUCCCAGGACCUGGACCUGGAGAUCCUUGAGACCGUCAUGCAGCAGCUGGACGCCAGCAGGAUCCGAGAGAACCUCAGAAAACUCUCCAGAGAGCCUCACUUGGCCUCUAGCCCCCAGGAUGAGGCCCUGGUGCAGCUGCUGCUGCAGCGAUGGCAGGACCCGGAGUCGGGCCUGGACGCAGCCGAGGCCCCCGCCUAUGAAGUGCUUCUGUCGUUCCCCAGCCAGGAGCAGCCCAACCGCGUGGCCGUUGUGAGUCCCACCGGGAGCGUCGUGUUCUCCUGUCGCCAGAGCGAGCAGAACCUGACUGGGGAGCAGGCGGGGCCCGACGUGGUGCCCCCAUAUGCUGCCUACGCUCCCCCAGGAACCCCACAGGGCCUCCUCGUCUAUGCCAACCGCGGAACAGAAGAAGACUUUAUGAAUCUACAGACUCAGGGCAUCAAACUGGAAGGCACCAUUGCGCUGACCCGCUACGGAGGUGCAGGACGAGGGGCCAAGGCUGUGAACGCCGCCAAGUACGGGGUCGCUGGGGUGUUGGUAUACACGGACCCCGCAGACAUCAAUGAUGGGCAGAGCUCUGCCAACGAGACCUUCCCAAACUCCUGGCACCUGCCUCCAUCUGGGGUGGAGCGAGGCUCCUAUUAUGAGUAUUUUGGGGAUCCCCUGACUCCCUACCUUCCAGCCAAUCCCUCUUCCUUUCGCCUGGAUCCUGAUGCUGCGCCUGGAUUUCCUCCAAUUCCCGCUCAACCCAUUGGCUUUGAUGAUGCCAAAAUCCUUCUCUGUAACCUCCAGGGACCCAUGGCCCCGGCUGCCUGGCAGGGAGCACUGCGUUGUGACUACAGGUUGGGGCCUGGCUUCCGGUCUGAUGGUGACUUCCCAGCAGGCAGCCAGGUGAACGUGAGUGUCCACAACCGCCGGGAGCUGCGGAACUCCUCCAACGUCCUGGGGAUCAUCCGCGGCGCUGUGGAGCCAGACCGCUACGUGCUCUACGGAAACCACCGCGACAGCUGGGUACACGGGGCCGUGGACCCCAGCAGUGGCACUGCCGUCCUCCUGGAGCUCUCCAGAGUCCUGGGGACCCUGCUGAAGAAGGGGACCUGGCGUCCCCGCAGAUCCAUAGUGUUCGCGAGCUGGGGCGCAGAGGAGUUUGGGCUCAUUGGCUCCACAGAAUUCACCGAGGAAUUCUUCAGCAAGCUGCAGGAGCGCACCGUGGCCUACAUCAACGUGGACAUCUCGGUGUUUGCCAAUGCCACUUUGAGGGCGCAGGGGACGCCCCCGGUCCAGAGCGUCAUCUUUGCCGCUGCCAAACAGAUCCCCGCACCAAGCCCUGUUGGCCUCAGCAUCUACGACAACUGGAUCCGGUAUUCCAACCGCAGCAGCCCAGCCUACGGCGUGGUCCCCAGCCUGGGCUCUCUGGGCGCUGGCAGCGACUAUGCCCCUUUCAUUCAUUUCCUGGGCGUCUCCUCCAUGGACAUCGCCUACACCUAUGACCGGAGCAAGACCUCAGCCAGGAUCUACCCCACUUACCACACAGCCUUCGACAUCUUUGGUUACGUGGACAAAUUUGUGGACCCUGGCUUCAGCAGCCACCAGGCUGUGGCCCGGACAGCAGGGAGCGUGCUUCUUAGGCUCAGCGACAGCCUUUUCCUUCCUCUGAACGUCAGUGACUAUGGAGAGACCCUCCGAAGUUUUCUGCAGGCUGCCCAGCAGAACCUGGGGGACCUGUUGGAGCAGCACAGCAUCAGCUUGGGGUGUCUGGUGACUGCAGUGGAGAAAUUUGAGGCUGCAGCCGCGGCCUUGGAGCAGCACCGAUCCGUGCUGCAGAAAGGCUCCCCUGACCCCCUGCAGGUCCGGAUGCUCAACGACCAGCUGAUGCUCUUGGAGCGGACCUUCCUAAACCCGAGAGCCUUCCCAGAGGAACGCUACUACAGCCAUGUGCUCUGGGCACCCCGCACCAGCUCUGUAGCCACAUUCCCCGGCCUGGCCAAUGCCUGCUCCCGGGCCAUGAACACCAGCCUUGGAUCGGAAGCCUGGGCUGAAGUGCGGAGGCAGCUCAGCAUCUUGGUGGUGGCCCUGGAGGGUGCAGCGGCCACCCUAAGGCCUGUGGCUGACCUCUGACCCCAGCUCCCCACGGCCUUCAACCUGACGUUCUCCCACUCCAGUUUUCCUUGGGUGUGUCCCAGUCUUCCUUGAUGCCAACCUGGGGCCCAAUCACGGGACCCUAUCAAGCUUCUGAGACAACAGCUU